AGUUUUGAGCAAAGAUCCGCUAUAGGAUAUUUGAUAUUGAGUGAAGGGACGCCUCGAGAAAUAAAUUCAUUCCCACUCCUGCUGUUCUCAACUCAGUAUUGAGUAGGGUCGACGCAGCGCGGCACGUCGGGAGAAAGAAGGUUUUCUUCUCCCACCCACUGCAUUCAACGCAUUAUUGUGUGAGGUGAUUCUGCGGUGCACGCUGGGAGAAAGAAGGUCCAUUUACGUAAUGUUGAGCGAGGGGACGCCGCGCGGCACGCCGGGAGAGAGAAGGUCGGCCUAUCGGCAUCGUGAGGAACGGAGAUUAAGAAGAAUGAUAGGUCCUGUAAAUCAGGCAGCAUCUGUGGAAGGAGACACAGAAUUGAUAUUUCAGUCAUCCAAGGAGUGAGAACAUGGAGGCCGAUGUUCACAACCGGAAAGUGUCUUGGGAGGUCAAUGGCUCCUUGGUCCCUGUUGAGCUGCAGCGUGGUAACAGAUCGGAGAGUCCCACCCCAGGACUGGUGGAAGGCAAGGAGCCAGGUGCAGGACAGGAGAGUGCAAUGUUUGUCCACACAAGGUCCUACGAAGACCUAACGGCAGACGAUGAGGAGAAGAGGUGCCUGGACAGCGCCGACGAGGGAGGCACUGAGCAAUCCCAAAUCGAAGAGAUCAGCAAAGAUUUCAAUGAGCUGAGCACGCAGCUGACGGGCGUGGCGAUGGACGUCAACAAGGAGAUAAGAGAGAGUGAUGCGGAGGGCGAGGUGUCGUCUGGGCCUCUGCGCAGAGAGUCGGUGCUGAGUGACAAAGAGGAGGACAUAACGAGCGACUCGUGGAAGCAGCACCGCAAGCACAUCUUUGUCUUCAGCGAUGCUGGAAAGCCCAUAUAUUCCCGUUAUGGGACAGAGGAAGCUCUUUCUUCCUUGACGGGAGUGAUGGUGGCUCUUGUUGCUUUCAUUGAGGCAACCAAAGACAUGAUCAAGUCCAUCCAUGCUGCAGAGGGCUACAAGGUGGUUUUUAUCCGUCGAAGUCCUCUGAUCAUGGUGGCAGUCUCACACACCCGCCAAUCAGAGCAGGAAGUGGCCAAAGAACUUCUGUACGUUUACUACCAAAUAGUCAGUCUCCUGACUUUAACGCAGCUCAACAGAAUCUUUGAGCAGAAGAAGAACUACGAUCUGCGCCGCUUGCUCUCGGGGUCAGAGAGGAUAACAGAUAACCUCCUCAAUCUGAUGGACAAGGAUCCCAGCUUCCUUAUGUGUGCUGUGCGAUGUCUACCAUUGACUUCUUCUGUGAGGGACAUGAUCAGCAGCAGCCUCCAGCAAGCCAAAGACAAAAGCCUCGUCUUCUCCAUUCUGGUUGCCCAGAACCAACUUGUAUCAUUGGUGAGGAAAAAGGACCAGUUUCUACAUCCCAUCGAUCUCCAUCUUCUGUUCAACCUCAUCAGCGCAUCUACCUCCUUCCGAGAUGGAGAGGUCUGGACACCGAUAUGUCUACCCAAGUUCAACUCCAAUGGUUUCUUUCAUGUCCACAUCUCCUACCUUGAUCAGGCCAACAGCCUGUGCUUGCUCCUCAUCUCCACAGACAGGGAGCACUUUUUUCCCAUCUCAAACUGCAAAAGUAAAUUCCUGGAGCGGCUGAAGAAGAGGAAUACUUUCCAGAUGCUGCUGGAGGAGCUGCGGACUCCAUCUUAUAGCAUUUCUCAAGUGGGGAUACCAGACCUGAGGCACUUCAUCUACAAGUCAAGAAGCUCGGGUUUAUUCACCAGUCCUGAAGUAGAGGCUCCUUACACAAGUGAGCAGCAGCUGGAACGACUCCUGGAGCUGUAUCAGUAUUUGUACAGCCGCAUUCACAACUCUGCAAGGCCUCUGAAGUACAUCUAUUACGCAGGCGAACGGGAGAAUCUCUUGGCGUGGGUGACAAAUGGAUUUGAACUCUACAUGUGUUUUACUCCAAUGGGAACCAAAGUAGCGGCGGUCAAUGCCAUCACCAAACUCAUGAAAUGGAUUCGGAAGGAAGAGGACAAGCUUUUCAUCCUCAACCCAGUGACGUACUGACACUGGCUGCCCUUGCAUCUCUCUCACUCCCCACAGACAAACACAGGCGAACUACUGACAUCAUGUGUGGCAGGCGAUUGAAAGCCGACAGGCCGUCAAGAUCGACAAUACCAAGAGUGAGAAACGUGCCGGUAACCCUUCGUAAAAACACUAUUCCAUUCAUAAACAGACCUGUUAGAUUCCCCCUUUCCCGUGUCGCAAGCCUCUGUCUUCUUAUCCAGUGUUGAAUUGCGGAGGUAUCUUUGUAUUAUAGGAACAAUAAAUAAACCUAUAGGAUCCAACGCACUGAGAUAAAAUGGUCACUGCUUGAAACUGGUGAGUAGUUCCCCGGGGUAGUGCACCUCGCCAGCAAUGAGAAAUCUCAUAUUGAAUCUUCAUUCAUUUACCCCGAAUAGGAGUCUCCAUUU